AUGGCGGCCGCGGCGGCCGCGGGGGCGGAGGAAGGGAUGGAGCCGCGGGCGCUGCAGUACGAGCAGACCCUGAUGUAUGGCCGGUAUACUCAGGACCUCGGGGCCUUUGCCAAAGAGGAAGCUGCUCGGAUUCGCCUGGGAGGACCUGAGCCCUGGAAGGGUCCCCCUUCCCCUCGGGCUCCCCCAGAGCUCUUGGAAUAUGGACAGAGCCGUUGUGCCCGAUGCCGCAUCUGUUCUGUACGCUGCCACAAGUUCCUGGUGUCCAGGGUUGGUGAAGACUGGAUCUUCCUGGUCCUGCUGGGGCUUGUCAUGGCAUUGGUCAGCUGGGCCAUGGACUAUGCCAUCGCUGCCUGUCUGCAGGCUCAGCAGUGGAUGUCCAGGGGCUUGAACGCCAACAUCUUGCUUCAGUAUCUGGCCUGGGUCACCUACCCUGUCGUCCUCAUCACUUUCUCAGCAGGAUUCACACAGAUCCUGGCCCCUCAGGCUGUCGGGUCCGGCAUCCCCGAGAUGAAGACCAUCUUGCGGGGAGUGGUGCUAAAAGAAUACCUCACCCUCAAGACCUUUGUAGCUAAGGUCAUCGGGCUGACCUGUGCCCUGGGCAGCGGGAUGCCGCUUGGCAAAGAGGGCCCUUUUGUGCAUAUUGCAAGCAUGUGUGCCGCCCUUCUCAGCAAGUUUCUCUCCCUCUUUGGGGGUAUCUAUGAGAAUGAAUCCCGAAACACAGAGAUGCUGGCUGCUGCCUGUGCCGUGGGAGUGGGCUGCUGCUUUGCGGCACCUAUUGGUGGAGUCCUGUUCAGUAUUGAGGUCACCUCCACCUUCUUCGCUGUGCGGAACUACUGGCGGGGCUUCUUUGCUGCCACCUUUAGUGCCUUCAUCUUCCGGGUCUUGGCGGUCUGGAACCGUGACGAAGAGACCAUUACUGCUCUCUUCAAAACCCGAUUCCGGCUCGACUUCCCCUUUGACCUGCAGGAGCUGCCAGCCUUUGCUGUCAUUGGUAUUGCUAGUGGCUUCGGAGGAGCCCUCUUUGUCUACCUGAACAGGAAGAUUGUCCAGGUGAUGCGGAAGCAGAAAACCAUCAAUCGCUUCCUCAUGAGGAAACGCCUGCUCUUCCCAGCUCUGGUGACCCUGCUCAUCUCCACUCUGACCUUCCCUCCUGGCUUUGGACAGUUCAUGGCUGGACAGCUCUCACAGAAAGAGACACUGGUCACCCUGUUUGACAACCGGACAUGGGUCCGUCAGGGCCUGGUGGAGGAGCUAGAACCACCCAGCACCUCACAGGCCUGGAGCCCACCACGGGCCAACGUCUUCCUUACCUUGGUCAUCUUCAUUCUCAUGAAGUUCUGGAUGUCUGCACUGGCCACCACCAUCCCAGUGCCCUGUGGGGCUUUCAUGCCUGUCUUUGUCAUUGGAGCAGCAUUUGGGCGUCUGGUGGGUGAAAGCAUGGCCGCCUGGUUCCCUGAUGGGAUUCACACAGACAGCAGCACCUACCGGAUUGUGCCUGGGGGCUAUGCAGUGGUUGGGGCUGCUGCGCUGGCGGGAGCAGUGACACACACAGUAUCCACAGCUGUGAUCGUAUUCGAGCUCACAGGCCAAAUCGCCCACAUCCUGCCCGUCAUGAUUGCUGUCAUCCUGGCCAAUGCUGUUGCCCAGAGCCUUCAGCCCUCACUCUAUGACAGCAUCAUCCGAAUCAAGAAACUGCCCUAUCUGCCCGAGCUGGGCUGGGGCCGCCACCAGCAGUACCGGGUGCGAGUGGAAGACAUCAUGGUGCGGGACGUUCCCCAUGUGGCCCUCAGUUGCACCUUCCGGGACCUGCGGGUGGCACUGCACAGGACCAAGGGCCGCAUGUUGGCCCUAGUAGAGUCCCCUGAGUCCAUGAUCCUGCUGGGCUCCAUCGAGCGCUCACAGGUAAUGGCGUUGCUGGGGGCCCAGCUGAGCCCGGCCCGGCGACGGCAGUACAUGCAGGAGCGUAGAGCUGCCCAGGCCUCACCACCGUCUGAUCAGGAGAGUCCCCCUAGCCCAGAGGCUUCUGUCCACUUUCAGGUGAACACAGAGGACCCAAGCUUCCCUGCAGUCCGAGGAGAGACUCACAAGCCCCUAAAGCCUGCUCUCAAGAGGGGGCCCAGCAACACCAUGAGCCUUGGGGAGAGUACCGCAGGGAACGUGGAGUCGGCAGGCAUCACACUCCGGAGCCUCUUCUGUGGCAGUCCACCUCCCAAGGCUGCUUCAGAGUUGGAGAAGACGGAAUGCUGUGACAAGCGCAAGCUGAAGCGGGUCCGAAUCUCCCUGGCGAGUGACUCAGACCUGGAAGGCGAGAUGAGCCCUGAGGAGAUUCUGGAGUGGGAAGAGCAGCAACUAGAUGAACCUGUCAACUUCAGUGACUGCAAAAUUGAUCCUGCCCCCUUCCAGCUGGUGGAGCGAACCUCUUUGCACAAGACUCACACCAUCUUCUCACUGCUCGGAGUGGACCACGCUUAUGUCACCAGUAUUGGCAGACUCAUUGGAAUUGUUACCCUAAAGGAGCUCCGGAAGGCUAUCGAGGGCUCUGUCACAGCACAGGGUGUGAAAGUCCGGCCACCCCUCGCCAGCUUCCGAGACAGUGCCACCAGCAGCAGUGACACCGAGACCACUGAGGUGCAUGCACUCUGGGGUCCUCGCUCCCACCACACCCUCCCCGGGGAGUGCAGCCCUUCUGAUAGCGAUGACAAGUGCCAGUGA